AAAACUAUAGUUGGAGAAGGAGAAGGUAAUCAAAUGCAUUUGGAAAAAAGGAAAAUAUAUUUUUAAUUAUUAUAUUUCCAUUAGAAGAAACACUAUUUGAAGAGAUGUCCUGUGAAAUAAAUGUUGCAGAAGAAACUAAAAUCCUAGGGUUGGAAAUUGGAAAGGAGGACACCAACAUAAACCAUGUCAAGAGAAAGGAUCCAACAAAAGCUUAUAAAAGUAUAGUAAGAGAGGGAGGAUAUGUAGGCAUACAAGAUCAGGGUAAAGAUGACGAAAUUAUUGUUGAUACAAUAAUACCAAAGAAAAUUGGUGAGGUUUUUUUGCCCACAACUAGGAAUUGGAAAGUAUACCACUCUAAACGGUUCAAUUUCAAAGUAAUUGGCCUUUAUCCCAAGAUCGAAAGUGGUAUAUUAAAGGAAAUAUUCACAACCGAUCAUAUUGUGGGUGAUGGAAACUGUUUUUUUUAGGUGUAUAAGUCAAGAAAUAUUAAAUAAUCAGGAUAAUUAUAUACCUGAGGGAGAAAUGCGUUGCCUUUAUGAGGAGCAACGAUUUCAAAUUGGAAAUGGAAAAAUUCAUAGGAUAUCCUGUAGAAGAAUACCUAAUUGACAGAAAUGUUAUAGGAAAUAGUGUCUGGGCAACAGAGGUGGAAAUAUUAUCUAUGGCCACAUUGUUGCAGACAAAUAUAUUAAUUUAUACCCAAUAUAAGUGGGCUUAUU